AUAGGGCAGGACCCAGCGGGGAGCAGAGACAGCAGUUUCCCUCGGCGCCUGGGCGUGUGCAGCCAGCGGCAGGUUCUGCGGCCAGGGCCAUGCGUGCCGGACAGACAAAAGCCUGGACGAGCGAGGCGUGAGGAAAGGCGGCCAAGGGAGGAGAGGGAGGCGCGUACGCACAGAUCCAUCUUGAAGGGGUUUUGCCUGCUGCUGCUGCCGCCGCCGCGCCAGGCUCGCCGAGAUCACCGGGCGCCAGGGGAUGCCAGCUCGCCUCCUCUUCCAAUGUUUCACUGGGGCAAGUGGAAGAAAAGGAUGGGAGCGACCACUUCGUCUUCCAAGAGACCUGUGUUCGAUGAGAAGGAGGAUGUGAAUUUUGACCACUUCCAGAUACUCCGAGCAAUUGGGAAGGGAAGCUUUGGCAAGGUGUGUAUUGUACAAAAGAGAGAUACGGAGAAGAUGUAUGCCAUGAAGUACAUGAACAAACAACAAUGCAUCGAAAGAGAUGAGGUUCGAAACGUGUUUAGAGAAUUAGAGAUCCUGCAGGAAAUUGAGCAUGUAUUCUUGGUGAAUCUCUGGUACUCUUUUCAGGAUGAAGAAGACAUGUUUAUGGUAGUGGAUUUACUCCUAGGUGGUGAUCUACGGUAUCAUCUACAGCAAAAUGUUCAAUUCACGGAGGAAACAGUGAAGCUUUACAUUUGUGAGAUGGCACUAGCUCUAGACUAUUUACGAAGUCAGCAUAUUAUUCACAGAGAUGUAAAACCAGACAACAUUCUCCUAGAUGAGCAAGGUCAUGCACACCUAACAGAUUUUAAUAUUGCAACAAUAAUCAGAGAUGGUGAAAAAGCAACUGCAUUAGCUGGAACGAAACCAUAUAUGGCUCCAGAGAUUUUUCACUCUUUUCUGAAUGGUGGGACAGGCUACUCCUUUGAAGUUGAUUGGUGGUCUUUAGGAGUGAUGGCUUAUGAACUUCUUCGUGGAUGGAGACCCUAUGACAUCCACUCCAGUAACCCGGUAGAGUCUUUAAUUCAGCUGUUUAGUACUGUAAGUGUUCAGUAUUCAUCAGUAUGGUCAAAAGAAAGUGUUGCUUUAUUGAGAAAGCUAUUGACAGUGAAUCCUGAGCAUCGAUUUGCCAGCCUCACUGAUGUUCAAACUUCAGCUUACUUAUCAAAUGUCAUAUGGGAUGAUGUCUGUGAGAAGAAGGUGGAGCCAGGCUUUGUUCCUAAUAAAGGCCGUCUACAUUGCGAUCCCACCUUUGAGCUAGAAGAAAUGAUCCUGGAGUCAAGACCUUUGCAUAAAAAGAAGAAAAGACUCGCAAAAAACAAGUCCAGGGACAACAGCAAGGACAGCUCACAGUCAGAAAAUGACUAUCUCCAGGAAUGCCUCGAAGCAAUCCAGCAAGACUUUGUAAUUUUUAACAGAGAGAAGUUGAAGAGGAGUCAAGAUCAAAUGAAUGAAUCUAUUUCUCCUCCUGAAACUACAGAUGAAGCCGAGACAGAAGCUGAAUCUGAGAAUUCCAAUUUAAAUAUGUGUAGCUCUGUAUGUUCUUCUACAGGCAGCAGCUAGGACUACAGUUUCAAAGCCAGGGGCCAAAAGCCUACAUGCCUCUUGAAUAAAUCAUUCUCAGGUUGCACUGAUGAAUAUAUACUGUACACUGCGUACUAUAAUUGAAAAAAAAGUCACAGAAUCAAUAUUGUAAAGCUGUAGCAGAGG